CCAAAAGUUCAACCAUCUGCGUGUGAUGAUGAGACACCCUAUCGAACCAUCAUCAACAGUCAUCAACUCGACCGAGGUUGCAGCGGAACAAUAAACGCCGGCCGGCGUGCCGGUGAGAUUUGUGGCUUCACACAAUAGAGCCAUCGAAAAAGUGAUCGAUUGUGUGCUGUAUGGUUUCAUCACACGCGCUGGGGGAAAAAACUACUAGCCAACAGUCUUCGUUCGUUCGCAGCCGUCGAUGCACAUUUAUCCGCACGCAAAUUCCAAUUCGACUUGGAACUUACUAUUUUAUUAUAAGUGAAAAUUUUAUGUUAAGUUCAAAUCGCUAAUUUUAAGAAAAAUAUACUUUAAGUCCCAAAUUAAACUUUAAUAAAGAGUUUCUGCUUAGUUAAUUGGGCUUUCGUUAGUUUAUCGGUGGAAAAAUAAAUCGUGUAUAAAGUGUGAAAACGGACUUGUUAUUUCGUUCAGCGAAAUAAGUUUAACGAUCACAAAUAUCUUCAAGUGGUUCCGGAUUUUGUCCACUGCCCUCCCGGGGCUUCGACAUGGUCCUUCGAGCCGGAUAAGACGUCGAUAGGAAUCCGUCUGACCGAAAAACACGUUUCUGGAUCCGGAAUCUAUCCGUAAAAUGGCUGCUGCGCCAUUUUGGAACCACGUUGCUGCUUGCUGAAUUUAAUAUAUCCAAGGCAUAUUUUAUGCCUCACAUAGGUGAGUGCGGUUCCAAAUACCUACGUUAUCGUUAUUUUUCUACCGGAUCUUUAUUUUGCAUGAAUCCUGGUUCCUAUACGUGACCUGCGAACGAACUAUCAUCACCCGAGAUUGAAUAUCUUCCGAGUGAUAUUUCCGCUCCGAGGUGGAAGAUCAAUUCCUGGCAAUUUCUUCAACCUGGUCAAUCGAAAGCGAUACUACAACCAAUAUUGAAUAUCUUUCGAGUGAUAUUUACGCGCCGAGGUGGAAGAUCAAUUUCUGGCAAUUUCUUCAACCUGGCCAAUCGAAAGCUGAUACUACUACCACGUGGUCCAAUUAACAACCAAAUUACAAAACGGACAUUUUUGAAGACGAUUUGGUGCAUUUUCGAGCUCAUUAUCCAGAGUCGACAAUUCCUCCUGGAUACUUUCGGCCCUUUCUUGGUGCAGAGGCAAUAUUUAUACAAGGCAUAUUUCAAGCCUUGCCCAGAUCCACACCGUGAACGAGAUGUCGGCCGCCGAAAGAAAAUUGCGGGGUCUCAAAAACCGCAAACGCAGCAUCACGACUUCCUUCGCUGGGAUUGUUAAUUUCGUCAACGAGUUUCAACAAGAACGCGAUGCAGUCGAGGUUCCAGUCAGGCUGGAAAAUCUUGUUGAACUAUGGAAGGAGUUCAAUGCCGUUCAGCAGGAGCUCGAGAUAAUGGAGGAUUCUGGAGACGACAAAACUUUGCAGGAGUACCUUAAGGAGCGCACGGAUUUUGAGAGGAACUACUACCGGAUCAAAGGUACUCUGCUUUUGUAUGCUAAGCCGUCCCCUGAAUUACAUGACACUACUCGUCGUUCUGCGGAACCCUCCCACCAAAUGAACAUUAAACUACCUGAUGUGAAAAUCCCAAUUUUCAAUGGCAAUUUUGAUAAUUGGCUAAAUUUUCACGAUUUAUUCGUUUCGCUCAUACAUUCGUCAACGAGCUUAUCCACAAUUCAAAAAUUUUAUUAUUUGCGCUCUUCUUUAGCUGGCGAAGCGCUAAAAAUUAUACAAACUAUCCCUAUUAGCAACGAUCAAUACCAAGUUGCAUGGAAAAUGUUAGUGGACCAUUUUCAGAAUCCCAGAAGAUUGAAACGCACUUAUGUACAAUCCCUAUUUGAAUUCCCUUGCCUGAAACGUGAGUCUCCAGCAGAAUUACACACACUUAUCGAGGGUUUCGAGGCAAAUGUAAAAAUAUUGAAACAGUUGGGCGAGGCAACUGAACAUUGGGAUGCUUUACUCAUUCAUCUUCUAAGCGUUCGGCUUGAUCCGAUUACUAGAAGGGACUGGGAAGAAUAUGCGGAAAACGAAAACAUUGAUCAAUUCCCUAAGCUUGUCGAGUUUCUCCAACGUAGGGUAAACGUCCUGCAAACAGUUUCCACUAAGCCUUCUACAUCGCAACAACCUAGUUUCCCAGCUAAGAAGCCAGCUUUUCCACGAGUUAGCAAUUAUGGUAGUGUACAGAAUAGUGGAUUUCAGCGCAAUUGUUUCGUCUGCUCUGGUCAGCACAACAUUUACCAAUGUGCUUCAUUCAACAAUAUGUCCGUCGAUGAAAGAGAAAACGUUGUCCGCCGUAAUCAAUUAUGUCGAAAUUGUUUGCGCCGUGGGCACUUAGCCAAAACUUGUUCCUCUGAGUCUAGUUGUCGCAACUGUAAUAGUCGUCAUCAUACCAAACUCUGUUCGCCUCAAAGGUUCGAAAAUAAACCAGCUCAAAACAUUAGAUCAAACAAACCUAGUCCACCCAUUCCGAAACCUGAUAAUCCAGCAUCUGAUUCUUCCGUUGCCCAUUCUGGAGUCACUAGCUGCAGUUCGCAAGGUUCAACCUCUCGUAAAGUGCUUCUUGCUACUGCUGUCAUUUUAAUGGUUGAUGAUACCGGAAACGAAUACCCCGUCCGUGCAUUAUUGGAUUCUGGAAGCGAGUGUUGCUUCAUAGCCGAGCGUGUUAGUCAGCGUAUGAAGGUGCAGCGGAAUAGAGUGGAUGUUCCUAUUGCAGGAAUAGGACAGUCGUCAACAAGUGUUCGUUCAAAACUCCGCUCGACAUUCAAGUCGCGGAUUUCAAGCUUCAAGGCCACCGUUGAUCUUUUCGUUUUGCCGAAGGUUACCGUAGACUUGCCGACUAUUUCCAUAGACGCUUCCGCAUGGGAAAUACCUACAGGAAUUCAACUAGCCGACCCUGCCUUUUAUGAAUCAGCUAAAAUCGAUGUGGUGCUUGGUGCAGAUGUCUUCUUUGACCUCUUCAACGUUCCUGGACGAAUUUCUAUGGGUGAUUCUAUGCCACACUUGGUUAACUCUGUAUUCGGAUGGAUUAUCUCGGGAAAGAUUCCUGAAAGGAAGGUCAACGCUCCUUUAAUUUGCAAUGUAGCGACUACAGCUGAUUUACAUCGAGAUAUGGAACGAUUUUGGCUCCUCGAAACUGAUGAUUCUCCUGCUUAUUCGCCCGAUGAAAUGUUAUGCGAAAAAUUAUUCGUCGAAUCGGUUUCACGUUCACCCAGCGGUCGCUACAUGGUUCGCUUACCUAUGAAGCAAGACGUUUUGAAAAAUUUAUGCGAUAAUCGGAGAACUGCUUUGCAUCGAUUCCGUCUUCUAGAAGGUCGCCUCAAACGAAGUCCUCAACUAGCAAUUCAGUAUCGUGAAUUCAUGGACGAUUAUAUCAACCUGGGGCACAUGAAACAAAUAGAUGAUUCCUCAAUCGAUCACCAACCGUCUUUCUUUCUUCCUCACCACCCAGUGGUUCGAGAACAAAGCAGCACAACAAAACUAAGAGUCGUAUUCGACGCCUCAUGUAAGAGCUCAUCUGGAAUUUCUUUAAACGAGGCCAUGCUGGUCGGUCCGACCAUUCAAGAUGACCUUAGGUCAAUUAUUUUGCGAUCUCGAAUUCAUCCCAUUUUGAUUGUUGCCGAUGUUGCCAAAAUGUUCCGGCAGAUUGAAAUUCAUCCAAACGACACACCUCUUCAGAGAAUUUUCUGGCGGUCAGAUCCCGAACAAGAAGUUCAAAUCUUCGAAUUAAAAACCGUAACAUACGGUACUGCUGCAGCACCUUUUCUCGCUACUCGAGUUUUGCAGCAGAUGGCUCACGACGAGAGUAAAAAUUAUCCAAUCGCGUCCAAGGCGACUUGUCGAGACAUUUAUAUGGACGAUCUUAUUUCUGGUACAAAAACAGUCAACGAAGCAAUCGAGCUUAUUACGCAGUUAGAAGGCAUGUUUUCCUCAGCAGGCAUGGAGCUACGCAAGUAUGCAAGCAAUUACCCGGAAGUCCUGGAACAGCUACCUGAAUCAAAAAGAGCUCUCCAGUCGACAGUAGAUUUUGAUAAAGAUCAAACAAUAAAAACGUUAGGUCUGCACUGGGAAACCAACACCGACCGUUUGAAAUAUGUUAUUCUUGAUUCACAAACUGAAAUCACCUCAACGAUUACAAAAAGAACAACACUUUCUUGUAUCGCGAAAUUAUUCGACCCUCUAGGGUUACUAGGGCCCGUUGUGGUAACGGCCAAGUUUUUCAUGCAAGCUCUCUGGAGUUUGAAAGAGGACGACAAACUUUGGGACUGGGAUCGUGAACUCCCAGAAGAUAUGCAGAUUUACUGGAAAUCAUUUGUCGCUGAGCUUACGCUUCUGAAUCAGCUUAGAAUCGAUCGGUUCGUUAUGCUCCCGAGCACUGUCGACUUCGAAUUACACUUUUUCUCCGAUGCGUCGGAAAAUGGAUACGGUUCCUGCGUUUACGUUCGGUCAACCAACUCAAAGGGCGAAAUCAAAACAGCACUACUUACAUCGUCUUCCAAGGUGGCACCUUUGAAGAAGCAGAGCAUCGCACGUCUAGAGCUUUGUGGAGCACUCUCGUCGGCUAAGCUGUACAGCAAGGUUUCGAAGGCACUCAGGGUUCCAGCAAAGGCAUUUUUCUGGGUGGACUCUACAACGGUUUUGAGCUGGUUGGCAGCAACACCUUCGUCAUGGUCGACCUUUGUAGGGAACAGGGUUUCGAAAAUACAAACAGCGACAGAGAAAUGCGACUGGAACUUCAUAGCUGGAGUUGAAAACCCGGCGGACAUAAUAUCCAGAGGACUUCCCGCAAACAAACUACUCGACAGCAGACUAUGGUGGGAGGGUCCGCAUUGGCUCGUUCAGGAGAGGAGUUUCUGGCCAGGGAAUGCUGCACAAUUUGAGCUUACGGAAGAGGCUGCUCAUGAGCGCAAAAGGAGCGCGCUAACGUCAGCUGCACUUGCACCUACAUUUGUGGACACGUACAUCGCCAAUUUCUCCAACUAUCAGCACAUGUUGAGGAUGACUGCUUAUUGGAGGAGGUAUUUCACUAAUCGUCGUUUGCCGAAGGCUGAAAGGGUCGUAUCUCAACCACUUACAACGGAUGAAAUCCUUGGAGCUGAGAAUGUUUUGAUUCAGCUUGUUCAGCGAAAUAGUUUUCCCGAAGAAUGGAAGGAUUUGGAAAAUCAACGACCAGUUUCGAACAAAUCUCAACUUCGUUGGUUCAACCCAAUUAUUGCCACAGAUAAAGUUCUUAGAAUUGGCGGUAGGUUGGGAAAGUCGGCUCAAUCGUACGCAUCGCAACACCAAAUAAUCUUGCCUAAAUCUCACGCCUUCGUCACACUUCUGGUACGAUCUUAUCACGAACGUUUAUUGCACGCCGCAACCCAAUUACUCACUAACACACUUCGUUUACGUUUCUGGAUUCUCGGUGGUCGAACCACACCAAGGCUCAUAGUUCACUCCUGCGUAGUUUGUUUUCGAGCCAAGCCGAAAGCCAUACAGCAGCUUAUGGCUGAUUUGCCAUCGCCACGCGUAAAACCAUCAAGACCAUUUUCCAUCACCGGUGUAGACUUCUGGGGACCAAUUUAUCUCAAACCUCGUCAUCGUCGUGAUGCACCUAUUAAGGCUUAUGUUUGCGUUUUUGUGUGCUUUAGCACCAAGGCCGUCCACCUUGAGAUUGUAACGAACCUUAGCACAGCAAAAUUUCUCCAAGCUCUCCGUCGAUUUGUUGGACGUCGAGGCUUGUGUUCUGAUAUUUUCUCCGAUAAUGGGACGAAUUUCACUGGAGCUAAUAAUGAAAUUUGUCGCCUUCUAAAAACCAAAGAUUUUCGACAUUCUGUUGCUCGCGAAUGCUCCGAUAACGGAAUUCGCUGGCAUUUCAACCCACCCAGAGCUUCGCACUUCGGCGGACUUUGGGAGGCUGCCAUCGCAUCAGCCCAGAAACAUUUUGUUCGAGUUGUGGGGGGACCGAAAAUUAGAAUUUGACGACAUGGAGACCCUGUUAGUUCAGAUUGAGUGUUGCCUGAACUCGCGUCCGCUCACCGAACUCACAAACGAUCCUUCGGAUUUACGGCCGUUAACGCCCGGCCAUUUUUUGAUCGGCGAGGAACUGAAAUCUGUCCCCGACGAAAAUUGCCAAAACAUUCCAUACAACCGGUUUCCACAAUGGCAGCAAAUCCAGAAAAUGCAGCAGGAGAUAUGGAGUCGCUGGAAUCUGGAGUAUCUACACACGCUCCAAUCUCGUACCAAAUGGUUCAAACCUCCGUGGAGCUGAAAAGGGACCAGCUCGUUGUGCUUAUCGACGAGAAUCAACCGCCAAUGCGCUGGGCAAUGGCACGAAUCGUCGAUUUACACCCUGGUUCCGAUGGAGUAGUUCGAGUCGUAUCACUACAGACACCCACCGGAAAAACAACCCGUUCAACAUCGAAAAUAUGUGUUCUUCCUAUUCCAUCGCCGUCCGAAGAACAAAAUGCAUCAAAAUUUUCCGAAUCACAGUAAGGACUGUGACUUCAACGGUUUCCAACUAGGAUCAACCACGUCAGCAUCGGAUUUCCGCAUGGGCGGAUCAAUCUACGUAGCAGCUUAUUUAAAAUACAAGGCCCUCAAACUGUAGGGUCCAGGUGAGGACCUUUCCAAUCAAUUUACUCUUUUGAAACCCUCUACCGGGUCUUAUAUAUUCUUUUCAUAUCGACGAAAAUCCGCCGGAGAUGACAUCGAGACGAAAACUGGGUUCAACGCUUCGCUGGUACCAUCAUCGUCAACGUAGUCAACUCUCCCGGGGACAGCAUCAUCCAACAACUACUUAUGGUCAACGAUUCAACGUUCCAGAAAUAGUUAUUUCUGCGAGGGGCAGGAUGUUCGAUUCACAAUGUGCAUCGAAAAAAUUAUUCGCACCAAAAGUUCAACCAUCUGCGUGUGAUGAUGAGACACCCUAUCGAACCAUCAUCAACAGUCAUCAACUCGACCGAGGUUGCAGCGGAACAAUAAACGCCGGCCGGCGUGCCGGUGAGAUUUGUGGCUUCACACAAUAGAGCCAUCGAAAAAGUGAUCGAUUGUGUGCUGUAUGGUUUCAUCACACGCGCUGGGGGAAAAAACUACUAGCCAACAGUCUUCGUUCGUUCGCAGCCGUCGAUGCACAUUUAUCCGCACGCAAAUUCCAAUUCGACUUGGAACUUACUAUUUUAUUAUAAGUGAAAAUUUUAUGUUAAGUUCAAAUCGCUAAUUUUAAGAAAAAUAUACUUUAAGUCCCAAAUUAAACUUUAAUAAAGAGUUUCUGCUUAGUUAAUUGGGCUUUCGUUAGUUUAUCGGUGGAAAAAUAAAUCGUGUAUAAAGUGUGAAAACGGACUUGUUAUUUCGUUCAGCGAAAUAAGUUUAACGAUCACAAAUAUCUUCAAGU